GUCAUCACUGACUUCAACAACUCUGCAUUUUUAUAUGCCACCCACUUUAUCGCAUCUCCGGCAAUAGAUAUUCUUUACUCAGAUUCAUGUCUUUUUCUCUUUGUCCACUUAGGAUUCAGAAUCUUAUAACAAAAUCCUUCAUUAUAAACCUGUCAAACAGUUUCCAAACGAGAAAGAAACAUGGUUGACUAUCAAGAAACACAACAUGAAAUCUCAGCUCCACUUAUUGAGAAGCAAAAUAAGAAGGAGAUAUCUUCACACGAUAGCGAUGUUUCGAGCAGUACUCAGCUCUCACCAUUCGAAGAUGAAAACUCGCCAAUCGAGCAAGUGGCGCUCACGGUUCCAAUCACAGACGAAUCUUCACUUCCGGUCGUCACUUUCCGAAUGUGGAUACUCGGAACCCUAGCUUGUAUUCUCCUCUCAUUUCUCAACCAAUUCUUCUGGUUCCGCCGUGAGCCGCUCUCAAUCAGCUCAAUCUCCGCCCAAAUCGCCGUCGUACCUCUCGGUCACCUCAUGGCUUUUCUAAUCCCGAAUCGAGUUUUCUUCAAAGGAAGAAAAUUCGAAUUUACGUUAAAUCCAGGACCGUUUAAUGUGAAAGAGCAUGUUUUAAUUACGAUUUUUGCAAAUUCUGGUGCUGGAAAUCCUUAUGCGAUUCACAUUGUUAGUGCGGUCAAGGUUUUUUACAAGAGGACGUUGACUUUUUGGGUAUCGUUGAUUGUUGUUCUAACGACUCAGGUUUUGGGCUUUGGAUGGGCUGGGAUUUUUCGGAGGUAUUUGGUGGAGCCCGCUGCUAUGUGGUGGCCCCACAAUCUUGUUCAGGUUUCUCUUUUCAGGGCACUUCAUGAAAAAGAAGAGAGAGCCAAGAAUGAAAUGACGCGAAACCAGUUCUUCCUCAUUGCCUUUUUAUGUAGCUUUGCUUACUAUGUGUUUCCUGGUUACCUUUUCCCAAUGCUAAGUUCACUUUCCUGGCUAUGUUGGUUAUUCCCAGCUUCUGUCCUUGCCCAACAGUUGGGUUCUGGACUUCAUGGUCUUGGAAUCGGUGCCAUUGGACUAGACUGGUCUAGUAUAUCCUCUUAUCUUGGAAGUCCAUUAGCUAGCCCGUGGUUCGCUACUGCAAAUAUUGCUGUUGGAUAUUUUCUCAUAAUGUAUGUUGUUACACCUUUUAUGUACUGGUUCAAUGUGUACAAAGCCAAAACUUUUCCAAUAUUCUCAGAUGGCCUCUUCACCUCAGAUGGUCAAAAAUACAACAUUUCGGCCAUUAUAGAUCCCAACUUCCAUAUUGAUUUCAAUGCAUAUGACCGCGAGGGCCGCCUCUAUCUCAGCACUUUCUUUUCGAUGACUUAUGCAUUCAGCUUUGCCUGCCUCAGUGCCACAGUUGUUCAUGUCUUCCUCUUCCAUGGACGAGAUCUAUGGCAGCUGAGCAAGUCAGCUUUCCAAGAGAAGAAAAUGGAUAUUCACACAAAACUCAUGAGAAAAUACAAGCAAGUUCCUGAAUGGUGGUUUUUAAGCAUUCUUCUUGUAAAUAUCGCUGCAACUGUGUUUAUUUGUGAAUAUUACAAAACGCAGCUCCAAUUACCAUGGUGGGGUGUCUUGGUGGCAUGUGGUCUUGCUUUCUUUUUCACCCUUCCGGUCGGAGUCAUCACUGCCACCACAAACCAAACUCCUGGUUUGAAUGUGAUCACAGAGUACAUAAUUGGGUACUUGUACCCCGGGUAUCCAGUAGCUAACAUGUGCUUUAAGGUGUACGGAUAUAUCAGCAUGAAACAAGGACUAACCUUUUUACAAGACUUAAAGCUUGGACAUUAUAUGAAGAUUCCUCCUAGGGCAAUGUUUAUGGCUCAGGUUGUUGGAACCUUGAUAUCAGCUUUGGUGCAUCUUGGAACAGCAUGGUGGCUUAUGGAAACCGUCCCAGAUAUUUGUGACCGGGCUUUGCUUCCUCCUGGAAGCCCGUGGACUUGCCCAGGCGAUCAUGUAUUUUAUGAUGCCUCAGUCAUCUGGGGUUUGAUUGGGCCGCAAAGAAUUUUUGGAAAUCUUGGCCAUUACUCUGCCCUGAAUUGGGCUUUCUUGUUUGGAGCUAUAGCUCCAGUCAUUGUUUGGAUUGCACACAAGAGUUUCCCUAACCAGCAGUGGAUCAGGUUAAUUACAGUGCCUGUUUUAUUAGCCGGGAUAAUCAACAUGCCACCAGCUACUUCUGUUAACUACAACAGUUGGAUCAUCAUAGCUUUUAUUUCUGGAUUUGUUGUUUAUAGAUACUAUCAGAAAUUGUGGAGUCGUCACAAUUAUGUUUUAUCUGGGGCAUUAGAUGCUGGAUUAGCAUUCAUGGGGGUAUUGUUGUAUUUAUGCUUGGGAAUGCAGCAUGUUCGCCUUGACUGGUGGGGAAGUUUUGCGGAUCGAUGUCCCUUGGCUUCUUGUCCAACAGCUGAAGGGGUUGUGGUUAAAGGAUGCCCAGUGUUUUAGGUGAUCAGUGAAAAGAUCAGUACCAUGUGUUUGAUUAUUCUUUUGGUGUAUAUGUUUGUAAAUGAAUGUAUAUAAGUAAUCUUUGCAUUUUUCUUAAAUACAUUAUUGUGAGGAUUUGUGCAACUCUUCACACUUUUACUACAGGAAUUCAGUUUCAUUACAAAGUUGCAGUGCUGUGUCUCAAAUUGUAGUGUAGUGUAUGUUGUAAUGGUAUAACAUUUCCUGGUUUCCACUACAUAGGUUCCAUUAGGCUGUAAGGAAGUCCUAACUCAAAUAAAUACCAUGUAUAUUUGUACUGUUGAAUUGAUGGAUUUUUCCAGUUUG